AAAAGUAUGACAUCUCUACACUCCGUCAAAAAUCAAUCAAAUAUAUUUUUAUUUUUCAUUGUUGUAGACGGUACAUUUGGUAGCAGGUGGUGUGAAUGAUAAAAUGUUUUCCAACAGUGAUUCAAUUGUUUUUGUUAAGAUGCCUAUAUCAUCGCUCAGUCUGAAGUCGGGUGCAUCUCAAAGGGUGUCCUGAACAUUAAAUAAAUUAUUAAUUUAAUUCAGUUAUUGUAUUGUAUAGUUACGUAGUCGUUAAUAUUUCUUAAUGUUGGCAGUAUUAGUCUCUUAUCAUUCUGCUCACGAUAAAACACACUCAAAUAUCAUAUCGUUUAGUAAUAUAUUUGCCGUGUAGCUGAUUAUUUGAAUAUAUAUUAUAUACUAUAACUUCAUAAUACUUGCAAUUUCAUUAAAAACAAAGAUGGCAUCGUCUGAUCCAGAAAUUAAGGAUGGAUUUACUCUCCCCGUUUGGAUGAAAAGUAAACCAACCAAGGAAUUUGCACCGUUCGCUUCAUCACCCCCAGCUCCCGAAGAUUCAUUCUUUUACAUACGUUAUCCGAAGACCGAUGCGUUGUUGGGUAAACCCAAGUUCAGCAAUGAGAUUCCGAAGGUUAUGAUUGAACAGCACAACGAAAUCGCAGCCACGGCAACGUACAAACAAGACAAGGAUUGGUCGAAACACACGAAGCCCUGCCAAGAAGUUCUGCACGGCAUUGCACCUAUUAAUACAGCUGUGAAAUCAGUAAAUGCAAAAUCCAAGCCCGCGGGAACAGACGAUGGCUUCAAAGGUGAGGGCGCGGCUUGUGGGAGUUCCGUCGUCAAGGUAGCCCACCAAAUGAUCCAGACGCGUUCUCCCCGCGGCUUCACAGUGGCGACUCCCGCGGACGACGUACCGGAGCUCACCCCGAAGGUCUUGGCUCGACGCGGCAGCAAGAGCCUGCCCGCCACCCCGGCGCACUCGCCCCCCUCCAGUCCCACGACGCGCAGGAGGAUGAACGGCAACCGGUUCUUCACGACGCCGUUCGAGGCGGCGGAGGAGGGCGGCGCGCGCUCGUGGCUCGCGGCCGCGCUGCUCGGCUACAAGAAGGACCUCGCCGCCUCCUCCUCCGCGCUGGCCGAGGAGGACCUGCCCGAGCCGCGCCUGCACGGCGGUUCCCUAGCAGAGUCCGUCGAGAGCCUCGGCCCGUCUCCGAAAGCCGACCCAAAGAUAAUAUCCAACGAGACAAGUCAACAACCCAAGCUCACGAAACCGGCUCAUUCGUUCCGCCCGAAGCCGUCGGAACUUCGUGAAAUGAACUUCUGGUCGCCGACGUCAAUGUGAAGUGUGACUUUGAUUAGUUCAUCUUCUUAUUUGGUUUUAUUCUUACUUUCGUGAAAGCAGACAUGGAGUCCGCUGUGGGUUUCGACAAUGUGACAUUCUUUAAGAUUCAGUUGUCUCAUUCAUAUGGACAAGUAUUCAGUAUUCUACGUUUGCUACAAACAUAAAAGCUACAGUUACAUUUUGUUAGUGAUUAUGUUAUAAAAACAGUUUUAUUUCAUAUAUUCACUGCAGUUAAUCGCUGUGAUUUAUGUAACCGUCUUGAAGUGGUUGUGUAUAAAUGUUGUACAGCCAAUCGGAAGAAAUAUUGCAUCAUGUUUUUUUUUACAUAUGUAAUAUCGACAUUGAUUGAUGACCUCCUUUAUCUUUAUACUCAAACAUCAACAAUGUGUAUCGCGUCUUUGUUAUUUUUCUUGUUUAUAUGAGUUAAUCGGUUGAGUGUAGCGGAUAGAACAUGUGGAUCUUAUAGGUCUCAAGUUCAAAACGGGAAGUAUCACUGAGUUUAUAAGUGUGUGUAUAGUUCAAAUUAUGUUGGCAAGAGGAAUUCAAGAGAUUUUUGAGUCAGAAGAAUUGAUGAGCUGUGGUUACAUCAAUUAAUCAUGAUCGAAACUUUUAUCUACUUUUACUCUACAUACGAUUUAAGCUGGUUUACACGAUGUCAGAACGACAGUUGUCACUUGCUGUGACGUUGUGACGUCACAACACACGCGUAGGCGCGACGUAGCUGUCAUCGGCCUGACAGUUACAUUGUGCCGGUAAUUAUGUGAACAAAUGGAGUUACAGUAAAUAUGUUCUAUACAUUUGUUGAUCUGAUCGAAUGUGAACCAACUUAAAUGCUAAACCAACCAUUUAUAAUACUUAUGUUAAAAUAUACAAAUCGAUGUUGUUUCGGUCGUCCUUAGCUAGGUAUUAAAAUAAAUCCGUAUGUUUAAGUUUUGUUAUUAAAAUGAUAUUCCAUUAAAUUUAAGUAUCAUUGAUGUACAUCGCAACACUACACACUUGUCAUCGACAUUCAUUAUUUUAUACUCUGAUACUUUCGACCGAAAUAAUUACAUAAAUACUAAAUUGACAAUUAUUACUAUAGUUCUCUCUUUAUAAGAAUCCUGUGAACUUUUAAAAUAUUUUUUUAAAUUAAACGCCUUUAACAAGUGAUUUCUUUCAGAACAGCACUUGAGUUUCUUAUCGUACUUGUUACAAUCUACUUUUCGAACUAGUGGUAGCUUUAUGAACUCAAUACUGUAACAUGACAAUUCAAAAGAGCUUUUUACGGUCAUCUUGUAUAAUACUUUGAUAGUAUUGCUGAACAGGUAUCUCCAGAAUGUUAAUUUAUCAUGAAAUGUCGAGAAAUGACAAUUUAUUUAUGUAAUUAUAGCGGUCAAAAAGUAGCCAUAUUUUAAGUUUAGGAUCUAUUCUUCUUGUAAGUCUAUAUUAACUGUAUGAUAAGUAAUUAUAUGUAAACAUCUAUAAUAUUAUUCUUCUUGCAUGAUUCUUAUUGAAAAGUAAUGAUAGUAAUUACUAGCAUUGUUUAAACAGGAGCCCGUAUCAAUUGCAAAGGUUAUAUUAUACGUAUCAAUUAAAAGUAGCCUUUCUCAGAAAUAUAAAUAUUUUAGAUCAAGCCUAUGUAAUUUAUAUGGAUUAUAUUUUUGUACUAAAUUAUAUGUUUUAAUAGAUAGAUAGAACUUUUGUGAUAUCUUUGUUCGUCAUGAUUGUACUGUACCGAAAUUAUAUAAUACCAUCAAUCUCAUUUGAAAUACCGCCUUUUUGUGAUUAUAAAAUAUUUAUGAAAAUCAUUCUUGUUUUUUUCAUUCGAAUGUCAAAAUAUAGUGAUGAAUUUUUACGUUUUAAGAAGCACAUAUGAACUUGUUUUUACUUGGAAAAUAUUUGGCUGAAUUUGUAAUACCGUAACUCGACUUUUUUUUAUUCGUCUGUCAUAUAUUUUGACAUUUAAAUAAUAUGAAAUACUUAUUAAGUCAAAUACUUUUUUAAAACGUGUAUUCCGAAUUUAGUCUAUGGUCAGUAAUUUCUAAUACUAGCUUUAUCGAGUGUAUAAAGACAUUUUCAUUCUAGUUACCUUUUUAUUUAUUGAUAUAUAUUUAUUAUGUAUGUAUUGAUACUAGAUGUGAUUUAUCUAGAGCAGAUAAUAAUACUUAAUUAAUGAUGACAGACUUGUAGCAGUUUGCUGUUAAUAAAAAUAAAUAAUCAUUUUUAAUAA